CCGGGUGGUUGUCAUGGCACUGCUGGAGGUGGGGAAUCUCAUUUCUCCCCAGGGAGCUCUAGGCUGUGGAUGUGAGAAGGGGAGCAAGGGAGGCAGAUGGCGACAAGGAACAGCCCCAUGCCCCUGGGCACGGCUCAGGGUGACCCUGGAGAGGCAGGAACACGGCCCGGCCCUGACGCCGGCCUCCAGGACACAGGUGCAGCCACUCAGCUCAAGAUGAAGCCCAGGAAGGUGCGCAAGAUCAAGGCGAUCAUCAUCGACCUGGGCUCCCAAUACUGCAAGUGCGGCUACGCGGGAGAGCCGAGGCCCACCUACUUCAUCUCCUCCACCGUAGGCAAACGCUGCCCUGAGGCGGCCGACGCUGGCGACAUCCGCAAGGGGACCUUAGUGGGCCAUGAGCUGCUCAACACGGAGGCGCCUCUCAAGCUGGUGAACCCGCUGAAGCACGGCAUCGUGGUGGACUGGGACUGCGUGCAGGACAUCUGGGAGUACAUCUUCCGCACGGCCAUGAAGAUCCUCCCCGAGGAGCACGCUGUGCUGGUCUCCGACCCUCCGCUCAGCCCCAGCAGCAACCGGGAGAAGUACGCGGAGCUCAUGUUUGAGACCUUCGGCAUCCCAGCCAUGCACGUGACGUCCCAGUCGUUGCUGUCCAUCUACUCCUACGGCAAGACCUCGGGGCUGGUGGUGGAGAGCGGGCACGGCGUCUCGCACGUGGUGCCCAUCUCCGAGGGCGACGUGCUGCCGGGCCUGACCAGCCGCGCCGACUACGCUGGGGGUGACCUCACCAACUACCUGAUGCAGCUGCUCAACGAGGCGGGCCACGAAUUCACGGACGACCACCUGCACAUCAUAGAGCACAUCAAGAAGAAGUGCUGCUACGCGGCCUUCCUGCCCGAGGAGGAGCUGGGCCUGGUCCCGGAGGAGCUGCGCGUGGACUACGAGCUCCCGGACGGCAAACUCAUCACCAUUGGCCAGGAGCGCUUCCGCUGCUCUGAGAUGCUCUUCCAGCCCUCCCUGGCGGGCAGCACCCAGCCGGGCCUCCCGGAGCUCACGGCCGCCUGCCUGGGCCGCUGCCAGGGCACGGGCUUCAAGGAGGAGAUGGCCGCCAACGUGCUGCUGUGUGGCGGCUGCACCAUGCUGGAUGGCUUCCCUGAGCGCUUCCAGAGGGAGCUGAGCCUCCUCUGCCCGGGGGACAGCCCUGCAGUGGCUGCCGCUCCCGAGAGGAAGACCUCCGUGUGGACCGGCGGCUCCAUCCUGGCCUCCCUGCAGGCCUUCCAACAGCUCUGGGUCAGCAAGGAAGAGUUUCAGGAGCGGGGCAGCAUGGCCAUUUACAGCAAGUGCUGAGCCUAGGCAUCUGCACAGACAAGGCCUCCAGCACAGGUGACUACAGGCCACUCUAUACACAUUUACAGAAUUUGACAUAAAGCUUUACUCUGAAAUGG